AUGCCAGUUGUACUAUCCUCGAAGGUUGUUGGUAUUAAAAUAAGAUUGCAACCCAACAAAACCUCUUGAUCAUUUUCUAGCUAACAUUGAGAAUUCCUACGUUGAUAUACCCCAUAUCCUUGUAAUAUUCGGCAGGGUAUUUCUUCAAAUAUUUUCAUGCGUUGAGACUUGCUUUAGCAGGGAAUAGUUGAAAAAGUAUUUUGAGGCUCAGGGCCUACGAAUGUUUUAAACCUUUCCCCAGUCACCCUGGCCUCUAGCUAGGCCUAGAUUGAUGGAACUGUGAAUCCUUGAUACCAUCGUGAGUUAAAAUUUGAUGGACAUGGUCACAAGUUUCAUGAAUGUACUCAUAUAUGGAAGCAGGCACUUCACUGCCUGGUUAUCUACUUGUAUAAGAUCACUCGACAGUGCCGGCUGCAAAAGGCAACACCCAACGUGAAUGAGAGGGAUAGACCGUCAGUACCGAGUGUUAAUACCCUAGAAAUUGCAGACUCUGCGUCCGGGAGUUUGGAGGUGGCAUGGGGGGGAAUUGUUCUUUCUGAUAAGGCUUCACUUUUUAUUAUAAAUCACUGACUAAAUCUUUUUUGAUGAGAUUUGUGAAAGAAGCUCAGAGGAUACUGCUCUCUGAAUUUAGUGUCUGAAUUAAAUCACCCAGUGGCCAAACAAAACUAUAUUAAUCCCAUGGAUAUUUAGACCUGACCCUUGGAAAAGCUAGAUUUCAAUAGAAGUAGGAUUUUUUUUGCAAAAUUCGGCUGUUUCUUCAAGCUGGUGAUGAAAUCCAUGGGAUUCCUUUGGACAUUCAAUCCCCCGCUGUUGGGAACUGGGUCAAGUUAGUGAAAUGUAUUGAUGAACCGUGUGCUGAAUUUUUUGUUCUUAUUCAAGCAACCACUCCAUUGCUGGUAACUAGAACGUCCAGUUGUUAAUGCCUAUUUCCAUGAGACCUUGAACUACAGUGAUGCUAGGGGUCCAAAGGUUGAAGUAUGAUGUAUACUUGAGCUCAAUAUAAUAUGUUUACAUGUACGUCGAAAGGUAUAGUUUACUCUUGUUUGCACGUUAAGGAGUAUUGACAUUUUCAUUUUGUCCAUUAAACAAUGAGGCAUCUAAUGUUGCGGAGCAUAAGGUUAGUCUAUCAGGAUGUUGACUUUAUGUGUCUUUAAUGCAGUGAGUGUCAAGUGGCAGAAGGAGACUUUUCCAGCUGUAGAAAUCGACACUAGUCAACCUCCUUAUGUUUUUAAAUGUCAAUUGUAUGAUUUGACUGGUGUGCCUCCUGAAAGGCAAAAAAUUAUGAUGAAGGGCGGUCUUCUGAAGGUAUUGAGACUCCUGAUUCUCUGAAGAUACGAAAGGAAUUCUUGAUUGACUUGCCUACGCCAUUAUUAGAAUUUCCGUAUGGAGGGUCAUAUAGAAUCGUAAUUUUAGUCUUACUUCUUUGCAAGUCUAAUUUAUUCGGGCUUACAGUCUCUUGUUUUGGAAAAAUACAGGAUGACGCGGAUUGGUCAACCCUAGGUGUAAAAGAGGUGUUUUGUUUGUACCAUGCUUUUUCUCUAUGGAAGCAUUUUGAGAGCGAAUUUUCUGUGGUUAUACGAGCUCUUUUCUCAAACCAACAACUUAUAAUUUGACUAGGGUCAAAAGCUGAUGAUGAUGGGAACUGCAGAUGUUGUCAAAGCUCCUGAAAAGGGUCCUGUCUUCAUGGAAGACUUGCCAGAAGAUGAACAAGUUAUUGCUGUGGUAACCUUUUCAUCUCAGAUCCCAAACCGAAGCUUAUUUUGACAAGAAUAGAAAAUCCACUAGUUUUAUUGGGUUGGCAACUAUUGCAUUAAUAUUUUGGUGAAUCUGAUAAUAUUGAAGGGAAACUUGUUAAUUUGAAAUUUCUCUUUGUAAAAGAGAGUAGAUCUGUUUUCGUAGGAAUUUUGACUUUAUUACGUUUAUAUCAUGGAAAGCUGUUGGACCAAAAUAUCUUGCAUUUUUUACUGUUAUGCUGUAUGUAACAUUUUUAGACAUUAUAAUUCCUGGGAAGAGUUGAAGCCUUCUGCAUCAUUGAUUUGUCCAUACGCUCUCAAGGUGGGAAAUUAAUAUGAUUAUUUGGCCUUCAAUUUUGUGCUUCAGGGUCACUCUGCUGGUUUAUAUAAUUUGGGAAAUACCUGCUAUAUGAACUCCACAAUCCAGUGUCUACAUUCAGUUCCGGAGUUGAAGUCAGCUUUGCUGAAGUAAUUUUUUUCCUAAUUUGUUCAUGCUAAAGGGUCUGAUUUUAGUUUUCAAUUUUAUUCAUAUAUUUGUAUUUUUGUAUCCAAGCAGAUACACUAAUUCAGGAAGAAGCAACGAUGUAGACAUUCUAUCACAUAAUCUGACUAUUGCCACCCGAGAUCUUUUCAGUGAGCUCGACCGAAGUGUUAAGCCAGUUGUACCAAUGCCAUUUUUAACGGUCAGUUAUGGCCUAUUUCUCCUCAUGUAAUUAAGCUUGAAUGUAUUUACCUGGUGCUUUUAUAGCUUCUGGUCGUUCUUAUGGCUCUCCGACAUUUAUGAAGCAGCUCUUUAACUCCGAAUUCAUAUUCUACUAUCUACGUCCUAAUUGUAUCUGUUUGUUUCCUCUAAUCGUGGACACUCCUCAUAGCAGGUGUUACGUAAGAAAUAUCCUCAAUUCGCGCAGCAGCACAAUGGUGUUUACAUGCAACAGGUACUUUUUUUUUUGUCGGAGUUGUUUUCAUCUUCACGACAUUCACAUUUCUUAUAUUUUUUAAACUGAAGGACGCUGAAGAGUGUUGGACUCAACUGAUGUAUACAUUGUCUCAGUCUCUUAAGGCAUUGGAAUCAAGGUUCGUGUAAAAACUGCCAAUAUAAUUUACUAUCAUUUGCUCAUUGAUUUUAUACUUAAAGAAUUUACCUGUUUACCAUUUACCAUGAAAUAGAUAACUAUCUUGCAAUCUUCUCUGUGCUUUGCCUUCUAGAUGUAACAUCGCCGUUUCUUUUACUUUCAUAUGUUGCACUAAUGACACUUAGAAUUGAUUUAUUCGGAAGAGCACUUAUUCUUUUUUAUAAUAGUAACAACAGAAUUGAGAACUUAACUGGAUUGAAUACAUGCUAACCGUAAUGGCCAAUAUCAUGAUAUCCAAAGAACUAAAAAAAUAAAAAUGAAUAUGAAUCAUGAAUUCAUCUUUGACGUUAUUGUUUUGGAUCUUUGAGCUCUUAUCAGCCGUUUUAACAGCACAAAGAAUCCAAUUCGGGUGUUUUUUAUAAAAAAAGGUACUGCUCUAUUUCUUAAAAUAUCAAAUUGGAUGUCUCGUGCUUUGUCAGUGGGAGGUGUGGCUGACACAGGCUCGGAGUUUGAUUUGAUAAAUCUGAAAACUGUGUUAGAUUGGUUUGUAUUUGUCUGACUUGUUCCAUUCACUUGCAUAGGUUCUGAUCCCAAGUUAGUACCUUAGACUACUAUUCAGGCCAACUCACGUUAUGCAGUUGUUCGUAAUAAAUGUUUAUCAACAUUUAAUUACUGUUUACCAAUUGUUUGUAAUAAAUGUUUACCAAAAUUUAGUUACUGUUUAUUUGUCCCUCAGAAUUGAUAUGAUGUCAUCCUUUUAUUUAUACCUCUUGAUAUGAUCACCAUUGGAUCUGAUACUUUGCUAUGUUCUGUCACAGUGACAGUACUGCAACUGUGAAGACACUUUUUGGCGUCGACAUUGUCAGCAGGUACUCUUAAUCCUUAUUCUGGAUGCCCGGUAUUUAUUCAAUUUUGGAACACAGGAAGGAACAAGCAUGCUCCCAUUUUCUGGUGAACGGUUCAUAAUGUCAUGUUCAUACCAACAAGCGCCAUCAUAUGUGUUUCUGUAUUGGAAUCUAGAUGUUCAAAAAUACGUUGAAGUCUCUCAGGAUCGUCUCAGAAACAAAUUUUGUUAUAUGUGAUCAUGCUGCUUGAUUUUUUGAGGGCCUAAUCAAUGUUUUCAAUUCUAGGAUCUACUGCACAGAAAGUGGUGAGGAAAGCUCAGAGACGGAGUCAGUUUACUCACUAAAAUGUCAUAUCUCACAGGAAGUGAACCAUUUGCACGAGGGGAUUAAACGUGUAAGUGGCAUGGGGAAUGUAAUUAUCAUUGGAACGGUAUAGAUUUCUCUUGAUAUAUCACAAUUUUGACGUCUUAUUUCAUAGUCGCUUUGGACCCAAAUUUCAAUCUGGUUAUUUUCUCCUGGGAAUGGUUAUUGCUGUUAAAUCUUCAUUAGCAUUCAAUUGUGAUGUCUUACCCGUAUAAUAACACAGGAAACAGGACCUGUAAUGAUUAUUGUCUGUCAAUAUUCUGAGGGGGCUCUAUAGAUGGUGGACACGUGAAUGCUGAAUGUCAUUUAAUUAUUAUUUCUAAUAUUAUGGCUAAGUUGCAUCUCUAGCUUCGUUUAAUACGGGGCUGCAAUCAACUUAUAUAGUUAUUUCGGUACCAUAGAAAUUUAUGUAUGGUGUUGUAGAUUUUAUAUUUUCGUGCAAACGAAUUCCAUAUUAACGCUUAAAGAUAUUGCUAUCUACUUUUACUCAUAACUAGUUUCUAGGUCAUGAGUUCCUCCAGCUGACUAACUUUGAGAAUGCUACCAUUGUGUUUGGUGUGAAAAUACAAUGCCAAUUGUAGAUGUAUGGUUAAAGCAAAUCUUUGGAAUGUACAUUUAAGAUCAUCCUUAUGCUGUCCAUAUUUGUGGUCCACUUUAUUGUUGACUCUCAUCCACAAAUUUUAAUUUCGUCAGCAUCGCAUGAUAUUGAAUUUUUACCUCCCAUGGGAUUAUCGUAGAGAAAUAAAAAGUAUGUAACUGUUGUUGUCGAUUUGCUUCAGCUGAAAGUUAGAAAACUCUAGAUUGUGGACUGGAAAUGUGUAUUUGGUAUUUCUGUUUGAUUAAAAUGAUCAAACCCCCUUCAGGAAUAAUUCUUGGAUUGGAGCAGAGACUUUAUUUUAUGAUACUGCAUUUGUACGACCCAGAAAAUUGUUUUUUGUAUUUGUGAAAAAAUUCGCCACAAGCGUUGAUAGAAUUUUGGCAAAGUAGGGGGAGAAAUUCGUGAUGAAGAAGUAAGCUAUUGUAUUGUAGGUUUUGGUAAGAUAAGAACGUUGUUGAAAUAAGUAUCGGGUUCUGAUUCAACGGACAAACUGGUCUCUAAUCUGUUUUUUAGGAAAACAUUUGUUCCUGAAAAUUUGGAAAGGGAAAGAGGAUCAGCUGGAAAUCGAUCAAUUUUCAAUCCUAGGCUAUUUUGGAGCCUUCAGAACGCCCCUUUAUUCUUCCGCACUUUUCUAGCUAAAGAAAGAGCUGGAGAGGGAGAAUAUGGUGGUUGAAGACACGCGUUUAAUUGGUUUGUAUGAUAUGAUUGUGUGUCCUUUGGAUGAAUAUGUUGAAACUAUUCCUACCUGUUUUGUAAGCUGAGCAAGUUAAUAACCGUCUUUCAUGGGCAUUAUAUUCCUUCUGUCGGCUAUUAAUCCUCAUUGGUUAGAGAACAGUCUAGACCAUUGUGAAUUAAUAACCAUUUUUAAUCGCCAAUAGAUAUCUUCUUCUAUUUUAAGAUUAUGCUAACUAAUCCAUCAUCCAUCACGGUUUUUGUGCAGUUUUUAUUUAUAGAUUUUAACUUGGUUAAAUAUCAUUUGCAGAGUCUGAAAUCAGAAUUAGAAAAGACCUCCCCUUCCCUGGGACGCAGCGCUAUUUAUUGCAAAGAAUCAUGUAUCAAUGAACUACCAAGGCAAGUAGAAGAAUCCUUCCUCUUUCAAUUGCUGCAUUAUGGUCAUUACCAAAAGUGUCCACAUGGUAUGCUCAUAUAGCACAUCUUCCAGGUAUUUGACAGUUCAAUUUGUCCGUUUUUUCUGGAAACGGGAGUCAAAUCAGAAGGCGAAGAUUUUGCGUGUAAUAUGGAUUUACUUUGUUCAUUGCUAUUGUUAUGUGUUUCUCAUAGAAAUCUUAGCUAUCCACAUUUGGUUCAAGUUUCUUCUCUUGCCACUGUUUUCAUCUAGAGAAGACUGAAUAAAUCAGGUAUCCUUUUUUUAAAAAAAAUCUUUCAGAAAGUAGAUUAUCCACUGGAAUUGGACGUCUAUGAUUUUUGCUCUGAUGAACUACGCCAGAAGUUACAACAUCCUCGCAAGGUAUAUAUAACACACGACAGGUUUCUACUAUUAUAAAAGGAAUCCAGAAAGGUGAUUCUCUUUGGUCCUUUUGUUGUCCACUUUCCAAUUAAAGGUUCUUCGGGAUGAAGAAGGCAUCAAGCUUGGAUUGAAAGGUAAAAAGAACAGUAGUGCUGAAGGCGAUGAUUCGAAGAAAGCUGCUGCUGAGGUAUACUGAAUAUAUCUUGCCAUGUCUUAACAUGUUUCAUCCUCCAUGAUUCACAUACGUAAAAGCAUGAAUGCCCGGGCAUGACAUGUUGAGCAGCUUGGAGGUGAUCCUCAAUCUUUCUACUCAGACUUCUCUCCCUUCUGCAAUCGUUCAUGCAUGCUGACCAUGCGUCUUUGUUUGUACGUCUCACUUUUUUCAUGGGUCCUCUAGAAAGUAGGUCAGUAGUAAGUAAGAUCAGUGAAAAUCUCAAACUCCCAACCUAAUGACUGAUCUCUAAUACUUAGAGAAUCUGUUCGUUGGGAGUCACCAUGGAUCCAGCAAGAAACACUUCCUGUGGUUGCCUGGAUAUGAGAGGAUUAAGUGGCCCCUGUUCUAAACCUUUUUGUUUGAUAUUUUAUUACCGAAAAAAGGUUAUCUUGCAUUUAGUUAUGAACAUUCAUACCUUCUCAUGGCCACAUCUUGAGCUGCUACUUUUGAUUAAGCUGAUAUUUUCAAUUUCUCGCUCUUACAUCAUAUGUUCAUGUUCAGAGUAAAAAGACAAGUGAAAUCCUUUUUCAUACUAUAGUAGGCCCAUGACCAAAAACAUUUCUUAUAAAAUUAUUAUUAGUUUCCUUUUUCUCAAUUCUCUCCCCUUGGUUUUGAAAUUCACAGGGCUCAUCCAGCCUCGGAGAAUCAUCCAAUGCUCCAACUCAAGAAGGUAAUAUUUUGAUUCAGAAAGUAGCAUUAACUGUGAUCCGAACUAAAGCUUUUAUGUCUGGCCCUGUUGAUCCACCCUGAGAUUCAACAGAGUUAGGCUGAUUUCUGCCACUUACUAGCCUACCGAUUGAUACACUGAAGAUGGAUAUAUAUAGAGAGAGAGAUAGAGAGAGAAAGAUAUCUAUACACAUGGAAACAUUGGCAAGUGGUUGGAAAACAGAAACAUGUUAUACCCUUUAGAGAUUCAACAGACUUAGCUUGGUAUGGGCCUGAGGAUCCACCCUGAGCUCAUGGAUCUCUUACGUUGUUUGAACUGGGUCUGAGCCCAAAGAGAAACCCAGGAAAUCAAACUAGAGCUCGCACCCUCAGAGAAGACUGAACCUUGAAUUUCUGCACCAAUUCCUUUGCUUUGGCGUUGUUUUGAGACCCAAACCCAGAAAACACAGUCCAGGCUAGCCUACCGAUUGGUACGCUGAAGAUGGAUACAGAGAGAGAGAGAGAGAGAGAGAGAGCAAUACGCAUGGAAACAUUGGCAAGCGGAGCAUUCUAACAUUUAUGAACACAUUUUCUUACAUCUCACCUUCCCAGGUGGCUAUUCUGCCCCUUUCUCUUACCUUCCGAUAUCUUCUUCCAGCUGGGAAGUCUGAGAAGAAGCCUCACCUGACGGGGAUCUAUGACUUGGUUGCUGUUCUGACCCACAAGGGGCGGAGCGUUGACUCUGGGCACUACGUUGCAUGGGCGAAGCAAGAAAAUGGUGAGUCUUACUGCCCACCGAAUGCUGCAAUUUUUUCAUGAAUUUCUGUGGCUAUGAUUUCAUCCCCCUGCGUGGCUGCCUUUCCUAUGAUUAAUGUCAAACUAUUUUAGGUAAGUGGGUUGAAUUCGAUGACGACAGCCCAGUGCCACAGCGGGAGGAAGACAUCACAAAACUGUCCGGUGGAGGUACAACGCCGCAAUCUGCCUGCUUUGCUCUCCUCUUUGACUCGUUCUUAAUCUCAUGCAUUCUGGGGGUGGGAUUGGGAUUUUGACCUAAUCACCUUUAGUGUACACACGUUAGAUAGAUAAUACACCAAAAUCGGAAAGGAGUGCUGAUUUUUGGGUUGAAUAAUCGGUGUGGGAUCGUCCAAUCUAGUGCCCCUUUUGACCAAAUCACUUUGGAUCAGAGAAGUUCUCAGCUGCGGCUUGCGUUUACUUCUCUCUCUGGGUUGCCUGCAUGGUUGCUGACCCACUCGCUCGUUCUGUUUGAUUGUAUCAGGUGACUGGCACAUGGCCUACCUCUGCAUGUACAAAGCCCGGGUCGCCGAGAUCUAG